GAGAAGGAAGAUGAUGUAUCAGCAAGAAAAUCAGGCUGGCGCCUCUCAUGGAUAAAAGACAUAGCAUUGAUCAGACCAGCUAAAAAUAAUAGUUCAUGAUCUCUAAUGAAAAUGGAUAUUUGUUAUUCUUCACAUGAUCCAUACCCUCAAUUGUAAAAUCUCUUUUUCUUUGUCUUUCUCUCCCUAUGUAUAUAUUAUCAGUUAUCUGUCCCACAUGAUCAUGAACAGACAACUCAUACAGCCUAAUCACACUGGAAAACCCCAAUCAGAAAAUAGAGAAAAGAAAGACCAACUUCAUGAUAAACUUAGAAAAAACCACUUCUGCAUUUUCAGAUUUUCUUGUCCACCCGAAAAAAAGAAAGAAAACCCUUCAUUCUUCAUUUCAUUUUUCUAUACAAAAGCUCCAGAAUCUCUUACCUCACCAAGUCACAACUGAACCUUAAAAAACUGUUCUCCCUUUUCCUCACUCACCCUUCUUAUAAUCCCAAAAACCUCGAUCCGAAAAUGUCUGCUUUCAUGAUGAGCAUCACUCCAGGCAUACCCUCCUCUUCUUCUUCUUCUUCACAGUCACAAACAGUCACUUCUGCACCAGCGCCCACGUCACUUCCCGUCCGUACGAUCCCGGGGGCGUACGGCUGGCCGUUGCUGGGCCCAAUCUCCGACAGGUUGGACUACUUCUGGUUCCAGGGACCGGAGACGUUCUUUAAGAAAAGAACUGAGAAGUACAAGAGUACGGUGUUCCGUACCAAUGUCCCUCCGACUUUCCCGCUGUUUUUGGGUGUUAACCCCAACGUGGUGGCCGUGCUGGACUGCAAGUCGUUCUCGCACCUCUUCGACAUGGACCUCGUCGAUAAGAAGAACUGUCUCGUCGGAGACUUCAUGCCUAGUGUUAAGUUCACCGGUGACCUCAGGACCUGUGCUUACCUUGAUACCUCUGAACCCAAACACGCCCAGAUCAAGAACUUCGCCAUGGACAUCUUGAAACAAAGCUCCAAGGUAUGGGUACCUGAGCUCACUGCCAACCUUUGUACACUGUGGGACACGAUAGAUGCAGAUGUCACCAAGGACGGGAGCGCUAGCUAUUUGAUCCCACUCCAGAAGUGCAUGUUCAAGUUCCUCACAAAAUGCUUGGUUGGAGCUGACGUUUCAAACUCACCUAAAAUAGCUGAGUCUGGCUACGCUAUGCUCGACCGCUGGCUUGCCCUCCAGCUUCUCCCCACUGUGAAGAUCGGUGUGCUUCAGCCUCUUGAGGAGAUUUUUCUUCAUUCCUUUGCAUACCCAUCUUUUCUUGUGAGUGGAGACUACAACAAGCUUUACAAGUUUAUAGAAGAACAUGGUAAAGAAGUAGUAAACAGAGGUCAAACAGAGUUCGGACUAAGUAAAGAAGAAGUCAUUCACAACCUUCUGUUUGUGCUCGGCUUCAACGCAUUUGGUGGUUUCUCAGUGUUCUUUCCGAGUUUAGUAAAUGCAAUAGCCAGUGACACCACUGGUUUGCAACAAAGAAUAGUCAAAGAAGUCCGGGAAAAUGCCGGUUCAACUCUGAGUUUUGAAUCGGUAAAAGACUUGCCACUGGUUCAGUCUGUGGUGUAUGAAACACUCCGGCUCAACCCCCCAGUUCCUCUCCAAUUCGCCAGGGCCAGAAAGGACUUCCAACUCAGUUCGCACGACUCGGCCUUCGACAUCAAGAAGGGAGAGUUGCUUUGUGGGUUUCAAAAACAGGUCAUGAGGGACGAGAAUAUAUUUGAUGAUCCGGAGACUUUUAAACCGGACAGGUUCCUGGAGAACAAAGAGCUACUAAACCAUUUGUACUGGUCCAAUGGACCGCAAACCGGUUCACCCAGCACCUCAAACAAACAGUGCGCCGGCAAGGAUAUAGUAACCCUCACUGCUUGUUUGUUUGUUGCUCAUGUAUUUCAAAGAUACGACUCAAUCACCGGAACUUCUUCCUCGAUCACAGCCGUUGAGAAGGCCAAGCAGAAAGCAGUGUGAUCACAGUCCAAGCAGAAAGCAGUGUGAUCACAGUCCCUUCAAAUAAUGAAAGUGAACAUUAUUCAAAUUUAUGGGAUUCGUUUGUGUUUGUAAAUUUUCUGAGUCUAGAUGGGGGUUGUAGUCAAUUGAAGAGGGAGGGGAAAGGGCCAUAAUGGGGGUGCCCAGAUUCCAUAAAUAAAAAUGAACUUGUUCUG